UUGUUUGGUCGGCGGCGAGGGGACAAGCAAUAGACGAUUCAAUUUAUUUCGAGACGUGUAAAUUUAUAUUUAAUCUUAUUAUAACAGUUAAUAUUUUUUUUAAAAAAAGGCAUAUAUAUAUAUUUAUACACAGUGUAACUUAGAAAAGGAAUAGCUACCGAUUUGUAAAAUGGGUUUAAAAACGCAACUUUGUGCGGUUUGUAUGCAGGUAUUAUUAUAUACAAGUUUUAUACUUAGUCUUCCAGAGACGAAUGCUAACAGACCCCCUCCAUUACGUAAUAAGCUGGGAGAUGAAAAAGAAACUAAUUUAACUAUAGAUCAGAUUAUCACACAGACAUUAGGAGGAGUUGAUGUUGCUGCCCAGAAAAUGAGAUCCCCAGGUGAUAACAUCUUAGCUGAGUUAGAUAUGAUGUUGACAUAUGAACAGUUCAUAAAUUUAUAUGAACCACCAUCAAGUGACAUAGUAGUCAGUAACAAGACCUUAGGAAGAAGAAAGAAGAGAAAGGCAGUUAGAAAUACAAGACUAAGAUGGUCAAAUAAAGCUGUCCCGUAUAAAUUUGCUGCCAGACAUUUUGAUUCUAAAGAGCAAUACAUGAUGAAACAAGCGAUGACAGAGUGGGAACGAUACACUUGUCUUAGAUUUAGGAAAGCUACAAAAGCAGAUAAAAACGUUUUACAAUUUCAAAAUGGUGAAGGAUGUAAUUCACAGUUGGGUAUGGUUGGUGGUAUACAAGUAUUAAAUUUAGAAGCACCUGGUUGUCGAUAUAGAGGUUUAUAUCUUCAUGAGGUAGGUCAUGCUAUUGGCCUGGUUCACGAGCAUCAGCUACCCACGAGAGAUGAUUAUAUUAAAAUCUUAUAUCAGAAUGUGGCCCCACAGAUGAAGGUGUGGUUUAAUAAAUAUUCACCAGUAGAGGUCAAUCAAAAUGAAGUGCCGUACGAAUACUCUUCAGUCAUGCAUUAUGGUAUCACGGCUUUUUCAAAAGAUGGCAAAUCUAAGACAAUUGAAGCUAAAUUCGAAUCAAGAGAAGAAGAAAUCGGGAGAGUCUAUUUAAAAGAAUUAUCAUUUACUGAUGUCAAAGCUGUGAAUCUGAUGUAUAAAUGUGGAGAUUUCUGUCCCAAGACGAUAGUCUGUAAAAAUGGUGGAUACGUGGAUCAGAAUUGUCGGUGUAUUUGUCCUGAUGGGACAUCGGAUUGUCAAGAUACAGAGACAAAACCAACAGAUAAAGAGGAUAGUUGCGUUAAUCUUUAUGAUGAUUGGCCAUGUAAUAUUUGGGCUAAUUAUGGAGAAUGUGAACGUAACCAGGAUUACAUGAAGAGGAACUGUCGUAAAGCCUGUCGAGUCUGUGGUAAAAGUCACACUGAAUACGAAGAAAACCACUUCACCACUUGGGCAUGGCAGUGGUUUGGUAUGUUUGCUGAUCUUUUCCCACAGGAUUGGAAAAUAGAUGUUUGUCAAGAUUUUUACCCAACCGAUAAAUGUUCGGGUUGGAGAGAUAAUGGCGACUGUGUUACCAAUAAAGACUGGAUGACUAGAAAUUGUAAACAGACCUGUAAUUAUUGUAUCACACAAGGCAAUGCGAUUAAACCGGAAGUUGAUUGUAAUAACACUCAUCCAAAUGAAGGUGAAUGUAACAAAUGGGCGCUGGAAGCUGAGUGUCACAUUAACUACAAAUGGAUGGCUAAAAAUUGUCGUAAAGCAUGUCGUAUGUGUGCUACUGAUAUUGAACCAACAGAGGACAGCAGUGAAACUGGUGGUGGUGAGGACGGUGAUUGUGUUGAUCAACAUGAUACAAGUCAGUGUCAGGGAUGGGCUAGGGCAGGUGAAUGUACAGUAAAUGCUAUAUGGAUGGUUCCAAAUUGUAGAAAAUCAUGUGGGAAAUGCAAUGAUGGUGAUUGUAAGAAUUUAUAUGAUAGUACACAGUGUAAAAUCUGGGCAGAAGAAGGUGAAUGUAUCAAGAACCCGGUAUGGAUGGAUGAUAACUGUGCAAUGGCUUGUAAAGUGUGUACACCAGAUGGCGAUACGUCCAAGCCAGAUGUUACCACAACGACCACAGCAACACCCGAUGAUAAAAAUAAUAAUGGUACUUGUAAAAAUGAACACAAUGACGUUGAAUGUAAAAUCUGGGCUGAAAGUGGACAUUGUGAUAUUAACCCAGAAUGGAUGAAAUCACACUGUAAGAAAUCGUGUAAAGUUUGUACUGGUGGCGGUGAUGGUGACGACUCCGAUGAUAAACUUAAACCAAGUGUUGAUUGUUUUGAUAAGAAUCAGGAGUGUGCUGGCUGGGCCAAGUUUGGUUACUGUGAGACCAAUCCCAGAUAUAAUCUCAUUUAUUGUAAAUACUCAUGUAAAAACUGUAAUGGUUGUCGAGAUGAACAACUGCUAUGUGCCGUGUGGGCUAAAGGGGGAGCCUGUAUUGAGAAUGCUGCAUAUAUGUUACGUCAUUGCCAAAAAUCAUGCGAAGUCUGUACCCACUAAAAAAAAUUCAACCAUAACAUAGACCUUAUACUUGUAAGCAGUGGUUUAGUUCUAAAACAAAUUAAUGCAACACCUUUUGUAUGAGGUACAAAAUGCUGCUUUGCAACCUCCUUUCAGAUACACUGCUGUAUAUAUUUUGAUCAGUUUCUUUUAUAAGUAUGUAAUAUGAUGGUGCAGCAAAGACACAAUACCUCAGAGUUUAAAGGUUAAGAUUACCCCAGUUAAAGCCAAAAGAAUUAAAAUAGUUGAUUAGUCAUUUCAUAUUUCUUUUAUGGGUGGAAAUAAAAAAAAAAUCACUAGACCCACAUUAGAGGAUUGCAAACAUGGAUGUAGUGAUGGAAGCAGUUACCUGUCUCGAAUAAAGGAAGGUGGUACUACACCACUGCUUAAUAGUUUUAUUAUAAUUAGAAUAUUUAGAAUAUCAAUUGUUGGCCAUUUAAAUGUAAUCUGUUAUAUUUAAAAAUCUUUAAAAUAAAAUUGUCAAAUACAGUGGCAAGGCUCAUUUUGACGUAAUAUCAGUCAUUAAUAGAAAUCAUCUUAGCAGAAUAGAUAGUACUCCUUGAUUUCAAAUAAAAUGGUUAAAUAUAGUAUAUAGUCUAUUAAUAACAAUUAUACAACUCAUCUUAAACAUACAUUAUGCAAGAGCUAAAUAUGCCUAUUGCAGGUCUUUCUUUAGGCUGGAAAUGUUAUCUAAAUUAUUAAUUAGACAUUAAUUAACCUAUCCAGAUCAUAAUCAACUCUCGAUGCCAUCGUUAGCCUACGAUAUUUAGUGGAUUUGAAUACAUUUUGUGAUGGAUAAUUUAACGUAAAAAUGGAUAUUAUCGUACCAACGUUAGUAAUGACGAUCGAAGAUAACCUAAACUGAAUCGAUAAUAUCUCGGUUCAGAGUUAAGCCAAUUGGCUGAAAUUUUCAGCAUAUUCUGUUUUCAUUAUCUAUUUUGUGACUAUUAUAGCUCUUUAUCUAAUCUUCCAUAAUGCCCCUUUAAGUAAUACCAGCGAGACAUUACUGAAUAAAUAUCUCGACCAAAUAAGUCGAUACCGGUACCCUACCAGCACUCUAUGACUGAAAUUCUUACCUUUGUAUUCACCAGAUCUUGAACUAUAUAGCAAUGAAUACAAUUCGACCAAAUAAAUUGAUACCGGUACCCUACCAGCAGGGAUAUCACAAGCCCAUGUAGCGCCCCAGGGCGAAAGUGUCAGUGACCCCCCCCCCCCACCAUACUGUAACUGCUUUGUUCAGUGCCUGCGCUCAGUUGAUUUUUUAUGAUGAAAAAACUUUUAAAAUUCUAUGUUUUUUAUUAAAAAUAUUCUUACAAAAUGGAUAUUUCUGCCCCCCCCCCCAAGAAGUGUCGCCGCCGGGCAUAUUCCCCCCCCCCCCCCACAUACCAGCACUCCGUGACUGAAACUCUAUAUAGCAGUGCCUACAAUUAAUUAAAAUAGAAACAAUUCUUGGAAUGAUUGAGCAUUGACAGUUUAUUAGUGUAAACUAUCUGACAACUUAUUGAUUGUCCACGUAGACAAUUUACUACUUCCAUUCCUAUUUAUUCAAUGACUAAAUUACAGCAUUUGUGUCUAAAUAAUGUGUCAAUAACCUUUUUUGUCUGGUGAAAUGGUGCAUGUUACUAAAUGACAGCAUUCAAUAAUGAUUUAUUGAAUUGAUACAUGUGGUAAUAAAUGUAUUUACAUUUUUUGUGUUUUUUUUUAUAUGAAUUUUGUUUCGAUUUUGUUUUGCUUUGUUGAUUUUGUAAUGGCAUUAUUGGUGUAUUGUAUAUAUUUACAUGUUAAUAAUAAAAGACUUUUA